AUGCGCACGUCAGUCGCCUGGUCCAUCGCCAUCUCCGGCGCCGUGUACGCCCUCACCGGCGCCGCCGGGCUGAUGGUGUUUGGGGGCGGGGUCAAGGGCGACGUGCUGUCCAACCUGAGCAUCGACUUUGUGGCCGACGCGCUGUGGGGCGACGUGGCGCUGGCCAUGGGCUUUGUGGCAACAGUCAAGGUGGCCAUGGCUGUCUCCAUGGUGCUCUCCUUUCCAAUCACAAUCUGGCCCAUGCGGCAGGACAUCAUAGAGAUGCUGGCCGACUACUUUGGCACCACCCAGCUGACCCCCACCGCCUACUACCUGCUCACCUACCUCUCCCUGCUGGCCAUCUACGUCUUUGCCGUCUGCAUCCAGUCGGCCUACCGGGUGGUGGGGCUGGUGGGGGCCACCCUGGGCACCACCAUGGCCUUCAUCUUCCCAGGCAUGCUGGCGCUGCGCGACUGCGCCGGCGGCGCGCCGCUCCGCGCCUUUGGCUGCGUGCUGCUGGCGGCAGGGGUCAUGCUGACGGGCGUCGGGUUGGUCUCCUCAGAUGACGGGUGA